GGGGAUGUCUUCCCAUGGAGGUAUAUAUAAAAGACAAAAAGCAGCAUAAUCAAUUGCAAUCAUUACCGCGACAUUUCUAGACACAUAGUCUGCGUCUUCCCUCGGAUGGUAUAGCAAUACUGAGAGUUGUGCUGUGGCCCUUGUGUUGAGUUUAACGGACGGAAAGACCAUGAAGUGUUUGUGCUUUGUUGUCUUGUCUCUAGUGGCUCUUGUGGCAGUGGCUGAAGAAAAACCAGCUGAAUCCCGUAAGGGGAAACGUGGAAUAUUGGACUUUGGCUAUGGAUACGAUGGAUAUGCUGCUGAUUUCGGACACUUUGACCAUGGGCUGUAUCCUGGACCUUACCCAGCUCCCUAUCAUGGAUGGCUUCCCCAUGGUCCAAUCAUCGGAGCACACACAAACACAGUGAUCACGAAGAAAAUCGGUUUCCCAGUUCCAGUUCCUGUUGACAGGCAUAUUCCCGUCCCAGUUAAGGUUCCAGUAGCUGUCCCUGUGCCGUAUCCUGUUGUAAAACAUCUUCCUGUCCCUAUUGUUAAGCAUGUCCCUGUCCCCUAUCCUAAGCCCUAUCCAGUGCCAAUUGUGGCGAAGCCCCUGCUCCAUGAUCCGUGGCUGGCUCCCAAGAUCUGGUAAAAUCGCAAUUACGCGGCCCAGCAGGAUAUUAGAUUACACCCCCUAAACACCCCUAUCUUAUAAUUCAACUCCUAACUCAUGUGCCAAACACUGUAAAAUUGUCCAUAGGAAAAAUUAUACAGAUGGAGAGACGAGGAAAUACAAAAAGUAUGUAAAGUAGUGAAGUGUAUCAUGAAGGCAUAGUGGCAA